CCUGAGCAACAGUCGGAGAAGCUGAGCCCGUCCAUGGAGAGAAGCCCCUGAGCUGCUGCUGCCCCAGGAUCGGGGAGCCCCCUUUCUGCCCCUGCGCCCCCCACCAUGUUCCAGCCCACCCCGAAGAGGUGCUUCACCAUCGAGUCUCUGGUGGCCAAGGACAGCCCUGUGGCCCCAAACCGGCCCGAGGAGCCACUCAGACCCGCGGCCCUGAGCUAUGCCGGCUCCAGCCCUGUCAACCCGUUUGGAUUCCCCCCCACAGCCCGCGGCGUGUACCCCAACUCCGAGCUGGUGUUCGCCGAAGCGAUGGGCCACCCCCCCAACCCGGCGGUGCCCGUACACCCGGUGCCCCCACCCCACGCCCUGGCAGCGCACCCCCUGCCCACGUCCCACUCCCCGCACCCACUCUUCAGCUCCCAGCAAAGGGACCCCUCCACCUUCUACCCCUGGCUGAUCCACCGGUACCGGUACCUGGGCCACAGGUUCCAAGGUAAUGACACCAGUGCGGAGAGCUUCUUGCUCCAUAAUGCCCUGGCCAGGAAGCCCAAGCGGAUCCGAACUGCCUUCUCGCCCUCGCAGCUGCUUCGCCUGGAACACGCGUUCGAGAAAAACCACUACGUGGUCGGGGCAGAGAGGAAGCAGCUGGCCCACAGCCUGAGCCUGACCGAGACCCAGGUUAAAGUUUGGUUCCAGAACCGAAGGACGAAGUUCAAGCGGCAGAAGCUGGAGGAGGAAGGGUCCGACUCCCCCCAGAAGAAGAAGGGGACCCACCACAUCAACCGGUGGCGGAUCGCCACCAAGCAGGCCAGCCCCGAGGAGAUCGACGUGACGUCAGACGAUUAACCCUUUAGCACUUGGAACAUUUGAAACAAAAACGAAUAAUCCUCAAUCUGCAAAUACAAAAAGUUGCCCCCUUUCCAAAUGAGGGGGGGGGGGCGUUGGGGGCUAAACGAAGAGAGAAUUUCUCCUAAUUUGAGGUUUGUGGAAAAUGCUUGUGGGGCCCUGUGCCCCCCACCCGUGGAUUCAGCAGAAGGGGAACCCGUCAAGGACCCCCACAGGACCCCCGCACUUCCAGGUCUCCUCUGCCUUUUGACCAAUGUUCCCACAGCCAAAAAACUCACCCUGCACCUGCUCCAAAACUUGAAUUUGCAUGAAAAAAAAAACACAAAACAAAAAAAACCUCCAGCAGAUGCUUUCAGGGGCAGAAAAAUAUUGUAAGUUUUUUUUUAAUUUUAUUUUAUUUUUCUGGAAAUUUGUGUGCUUUUUGUACCGAGAAAUGUGCAGUUUAUAUACAUUUUAUAGGGGGCAAUUAUUGUGGAAAAGAGACUUGCUGUGGCCUAAAGUGACACUGAUGGGGGGGGGGGAUUUCACGGACAAGUUUCUUUUCAGUCGAAAAAACAUGAAAUAAAUAAAAUUAAAGUGCAGAUGGAGCGCUUCCGCCAAACUGGGGUGGAUUUAGCCAAACGAGGCCGAAAGAGUAAAAGACUUAAAAGGGACCUUUAAAAAAAUGAACACUUUUGACGCCAAAGUGAAGGAAGCAAAAUCUGCUCCAAAAAUCCAAACUACUAAAGGCGGAAAUAUUAAUUAAAGAGAAAAUCCCACGCGUGACCCUGAAGCUUCUGUGAGAUUGUAAAUAUUUUUGUGUUCGUGUUAAUUUGUUAGAAUUCUAACACACUUUAUACUUCCGAGAAGUAUGAC